UACAAUUCAUUACUUUUGCAUUGUAGAGAAAGAGAGAAAAGAGAGAGAGGAGAAUGGAAGUUUUGAGAGGCGAAGGUGUGUUGAUCAAACCCUGGGCGGGUAAAGAUCAUCUUGAGCUUGUUGAACUAAGUAAUUUUGAUUUAAUUAUACACCCAAUGUACGUGAAUCUGGUGUAUGUUUUUGAAGCUCCCACCCUGAGCUCAGAAGUGUUGAAAGGAAGGACAAGGCAAAGUUCUGUCAGAGUUCAGAGAAUGGGCAGGGAGAUACAUGAAAGAUACACCAAGUGGGUGCCUUGGCAUCAAUCUGAAUGAGGAAGGUGUGCUUGUGAUAGAAGUCAAAGCAGAUGGAACAAUAGCAGAUGCAAUGCCUUUCGAUCCCUCUUCAUUCCUCCUUGAGUUGGUGCCACUCACAUCCACCCUGGUUAAUGAGCUCUUACUCCUUCAGGUAUUCCUUAAGUUUACUCGAUUUACUUGUGGAGGGUUGGUGAUAGGCCUAUCUCGUCAUCGUCAUAUUGCAGACGGAAAAGAAGCUACUUUUUUCAUGAAUUCGUGGAGAAAAAUUGUUAGAGGAGAGAGUAUUUCACCUCCAGUACAUGAACGAUCUCUACUAAAAGCAAGAGAUCCUCCCCAACCAUGUUUUCAUCAUCAUGAAUCUAUUACUGUAUGCCAUGAGCACUCUCCAAUAAUGUCCACUCUAACCGCCAAAAAGUUUCAUUUUGAUGCAAUGUUUUUAUAGAAACUCAAGUCAAAGGUAAAUGGAUCUGAUCCAUCAAAAAAACCAUAUACUACUUAUGAAAUCCUUGUUGCCCAUAUGUGUAAAUGCAUUACAAAAGCUCGAGGCCUUGAUGGGGAUGUAAAAACAAAUGCUAGCAUUCCUGUGGGUGGAAGAAGAAGGUUGAAUCCUCCCUUGCGUUAAGAAUAAUUUGGUAGUGUUUUCUAUAAAUCAUGCGGUCAAUCCAUUGCAUCAGAGAUCAUAAAUGGGUCUUUAGAGAUCAGUUACCAAGGUUGAUGAUAAUUUUAUACAUUCAGCGAUCGAUUUUUUUGAGCUAAGGAAAUCAAUCUUAGGGCCACCAAGCCGUAAUGAUAGAACUGAUGUGCUACCAGUAAGUUGGAGGGAAUUUCCUAUGCAUAAUUUCCAUUUUGGAAUGGGUGGCCCAGUGUAUGUAGGUCCUUCGUUAAUACUCAUGGAAGGACUUAUUAUUUUGUAUGAUUCAUUCGGUAAACCUGGAGGCGUAGAAGUCAUGGUUUGCUUGUCAAAAUCACAUAUGAAUGUACUUGAACAUAAUUGGUUUCAAGUUUGAUUAUAUUUCUCUUCUAAAUAUGUUAGGUCAUGCUUAAUUGGUUUAAGUAUUGGCUUUUUAAUGUGGAUAGCCUAGUUCAAUUUUUAAUGGGAUAU